AUGACUUCUCUACGCAUUGAUUUUAUCAAAGUGGUGCUCAAACCCCGUGAGGUGCUUCUCAUAUUGGCCGCCCACCUCGCAGUACUUACAAUAUGGUGGAUCAAGCAAUAUUGGGCUGCUCGCCUGCAGUUCCCAGGUCCGACUGUCAAGAAUGUCUGGACUGGUAACCUAGAUCAAACGAUGAUGCCAGACAUUCAUAAGAAGUGGAGAACCUGGCAUCGCCAGUACGGACCAAUCUUCCAGACUUGGAACAGCCUCUUGUCCAGGGUUAUAUAUAUUGGAGACCCAGCGAUGAUCCAUACCAUUGCCACUGAGAACUGGGAGAAAGCUAGCUCACAGUACGAAGGCUUCCGGCCUCUCAGUGGUGACGCUCUCUUCAUGCCCAAAGCCCAUACGAAAUGGUUGCGCCAGAGGAAAAGCUUGUCACCGGCCUUUGGCCCGCAGGUCAUCCGGAUGCAGUAUCCCACGUUGAGGAGGUAUAUCACUGAGUAUACCCAACAAAUAGCAACAGCAUCGACCUACCGACAAUCCAUCGACUUGUCUAUGCUCCAUGUUCUCCUCACUUUGGACUUUGUCGGCGAGAUCGCCUUCGGUAGCGAGCUGCAUGCCCUAGCCACGGGCCCCAACUGCCGCAUCUUGCAGCUGUUCAAGUUAAUCCUACCCGAGCUCAUGAAAUGCGGCCUCUUCCCACUCCGAGCCAAGAUACCCAUUCUCCAGAGUACUCGAGAUAUGCACAAGGCAAUCAAGGAACUUAGGAAGAUGGCGGAGAGCACUGUAUUGGAUGCCCGAAGAACCGACAUGGUCAAUGGUACCAAAGACAAGCCUCCUCGGCGUAUCUUCGAGAUCUUAGUUCGGCAGAAGGAACCGAAUGGCAGGUAUACAUUCAGCACCAGGGAUCUUGUUGACAAUUAUGGUGGUGAUCCUACGGCGCAUACCCUCAGCUUUGCAGUCUACGAAGUUCUAAGAAAGCCUGUUAUACAUGCAACGCUCGUACAAGAGCUGCUUGAGGCGUUACCUUCGUUGGAUGAGAUCCCCUCGGUAGAUCGUGCCUCCAAGCUCCCGUACCUCAACGCUGUGAUCAAGGAGACGCUGCGGUACAACGGCCCCGGAUUUGGUACAUUCAGAACGUGUGCAAAGGACACUGAAGUCUGUGGCGUCACUCUGCCCGGAAAGACGACCCUCGUGCUAUGGAAUCCUCAAGUCCAUCGUGAUCCCAAAAUCUGGGGUCCAACGGCCGACGUCUUCGACCCAUCCCGCUGGCUCGACCCAAAUUUCCGUCCACCCCCAGGCUCGUACUUCCCCUUCUCCUACGGUCCAAGGAUCUGUCUCGGCCAGGGACUUGCCAUGUUUGAGAUUUCUCUCACUCUAGCCACAUUAUUCCGCCAGUUCGAUCUCUCUCUGCAAGAUGGGUUUGUGAUGGAGUUGGAUCCGGCCUUUACACUUUGCCCUAAAAAUGGAUUGCCCGUCUUUGCCACCCGUCGGCCAUGCUAA